GGAUGUUCUUCCCUUGGUUUUGGGGCAUUCAUGGAAACCGGGCCAUUUCAAAUUGGUGAAGAUGGACUUCUUGUCUUAAAUCAACACUCUUGGAAUUUAGAAUCCAACAUGUUAUAUGUCGAAUCACCCAUUGGAGUUGGUUUUUCUUACUCAGAAACAUACGAAGACUAUAUCGAUUGGAACGAUACGAAAACAGAAGAAUUCCCGUUAUACAAAGACUCACCGUUCUUCUUAGCGGGAGAAAGUUAUGCAGGCCAUUACAUUCCACAACUAGCGGAUCUAAUAUUGGAGUAUAACAUAUUCCCAAACGUUACUAAAAUCAACCUCAAAGCAAUUGCUAUUGGAAAUCCGUUAUUAGACAUAGACAUUAGCGUUCUUGCGGGCGAAUUUUUAUGGUCACAUGGUGCGAUAUCAGACAAGACUUUGAUGCUAGAAAAAACUGUAUGCAACGACUCAAAGUACCUCCGAGAAUAUGUUCAUUCGGGAUGGUCUCAAGGUUGCAAUGAUGUUUUCAAUCGAGUUGAAAAUGAAGUUAGUGACGAUGUUCAACACGACGACCUGCUUUUGCCCAAAUGCUUGUUGCCAACAUCUUCAUCUCAACAAUUUAAACCUAGAGGGUUACACUCAAAAGCACAUUCAUCGGUUGACAGAAUCCUAAGGACAGGUGAUCCAUGUUUGCAAUCAAGGAUAUUUACAUAUCUCAAUAGACGGGACGUUCAAGAUGCGUUGUAUGCUAACACGACUGACCUUCCAGGACAUUGGGACUUUUGUCUAGGGCCUCUAGAAUAUCAAGAAGAGAAUAUGGAAAUAAAUAUAAUUCCACUCAUCUCUAAACUCUUAAAGUUUGGCCUUCCAAUCUGGUUUUACAGUGGUGAUCAAGAUUCAAAAAUCCCGCUUACACAAACAAGGAUAAUUGUUAAUAAUAUCGCAAAAGAGCUUAAGCUUACAACCCUCACAAAAUACAGGACUUGGUACAGCGAGAAACAAGUGGGUGGUUGGUGGCAGUCAUUUGGGGGACUAAAAGAUGGACACAAUGUCACCUAUUUGACAUAUGCAACAGUAAGAGGUGCUGCACAUGAAGUCCCCUUCACUUCUCCAUUGCAGGCUCUCACUCUCUUUCGUUCUUUCCUUACCGGAUCCGCACUUCCUCGCCCCAAAUCCUAAAUCCUAAAAAACGCAUGUAAUAUGGCAUGUAUUUGCUAUAACAACGAUAAUAAAACAAACUAAUAACUAUAAUGCCAUAACAUAUUACUUGUUUUCACUCGCGUACUAGCUAUAGAUUUUGGGUGAUAUGAUGCACUGUUUUGUAUGAGACUAUAGCUGUUUGCAUGCGAACUAACUUUGUAUGAACAAUUUUUUAGUUAAUGCUACAUAUAAAAUU